UUUGACUACGAUUAUAGUGCACGCAAGGAAUAGUUAAUUUCCCAACAAAUUGUCUACGUUUUAAUUGUGCAAUAUGAUAUUUAACGAAGAUGAUGGAAAGGACGAUGAAUAUUUCAAAAGAAUCAAGGAGCAGAAGGAAGACGAGAUGGAGGAACGACGACGAUUGUUAGUGAAUAAGAGUGAAAUUAAGCAGCGUUUACGUGAACGUCAUAUAAAACGACAAGAAGCAUCAGAAAUGGAAGAAACUCAACAGGCUAAAGAAGCUGCUAAGUUAAAAAUUCAACAACUUGAACUGACGGAACGACUAGCUAAAGAAUUGUCAUGUCGCAAAUAUAUCGAGCAUCAAGAAGCGUCGAAAGCCAGGAAGAAGAAAUAUACUUCUUCAAACAGUGCAUUGGAGAACAUACACGAUGAGUUAAUCAAAGAACGAAAACAAGACGAAAAGACACAUACUCCGUCAUUCAGUGGGUGGUGGUUCAGCGAAGAUUCUACAGUAGAGCAACAAGUGAAGAAGAUAAAUUAUAGAAGAGAGCUGCAAAACCAGCUGAUAAAUAAUCGUCGUAAAUUGCGCGAGGAAGCAGAAGAGAAGCAACGAGAACGAAAGAUAAUGGAAGAAGUUGGUGAGACGUUACACGAAGAGGAUGUAAGAGCCGAAAAAAGAAAACGAGAAGUUGCCGCUUUGUUGCAAGCAGAAAAGGAGGCGUUUCUUAAAACUCGACAAUUUUGGAAGGAAAAACGAAGGGAGGUUUUGAAGCAGGAACACGAUGAGAUUUCGAGGAUCAUUGCCAAAAAAGAGGCCCAACGAAAGAGAGAAGCCGAAGAAAAGAGCGAUACUCGUGCAGCCAAAGAAGCAAUGGUAGAAAAACUAUCGAAAUACUUGAUGGAAGAGGAACGUAAAAGAAUAGAACGAGAGGAGAUCUGUCGUGAAUUGUACUUAGCAGAGAAAGAAGACGAAUUGAUGAAAAAGACAAUGCAGUUGACAAUCGAAAAGAAACGAAUUGCAGGGGAACUAUUGCAGGACAUGGCGAAACAUCAGAAAGCCGCUGCCGAAAAGAAAGCAAAAGAGUUGGAGAUCGAUGCGGCUUUCGUCAAAUACUUGGCCGAAGAACGAAGAAAUCUAGAGGAAAGGAAACGACAGGAGACUCAAGCACGACGCGAAAGAAGUAUCCAAUAUCGAAACGAGUUGAAAGAAGCUAUGGCUAGAAACAGAGAGCAACGCGCGAAAGACUCUAUAAAGAUCGAUGCAACUGAAAAUUUAUUCACAUGGGGUAACGGUGAUGAGGACCGCAAACUGAAGUGCUACUCGGAAUCGGCCCUUGACGCUUUGAAAUCUCAAGAGAACAAGAAUGCUACCUCUACAUAGAUUAUUCGUUUCUUUUUAUCUCUGUCACUAACCAGUGACAACAAUAUCGGAUAAUCAGAAUUUAGGUUCAUAAAAAAUUCUCAAGCAUCUUAAGGAUCAUUUCUACGCUAUUUAUUGGUAUACAGAUAUAUACAAUGAUUAGCGAAAGACAUUGCUCUCGUGGCUCUCUUAUUUAUACAAAGUCCGUGUAAAAAUACAGCAGCCCCAUCUUAUAUCGGAUAUAUAAGUACGUGAUAAAUUAACAGUCUCGCCUCGUAAGUGUUCCAACACUGGAAAAUCAGACGGGAACAACCGGUUAACGAAUUCUGUUCUUCCUGCCAGAUUUUAUUUGUCGGUCGAGGCAAACAAAUUCCUCGAGCGAUCUUUCACCCCUUCUGUUCUUGAAAAUUACGAAUUCAAUCCUAUCGUUUGACUCGUUGGUUUUUUUUCUUGAAGAAUUUGAAAAAGAGAAGGGGUUGAAAUAACUAUGUCAGAAGCACCCGAGUGUUAGAAAUGACUACAAGUAUGAACGUUAGUUUUUCUCGGUUGACAGUUGCCAUGGUCGCUUAUAAACUAAUUAAUCAAUCGUUUCGUAACGACAACAAGUAGAUUAGUAACUAUUAGUUAAAAACAUUGCGUGUUGGGAAACGAUGACACUCUGAAAAUCAAUUCGUAAAACGAACAUUCCUGAGAUCGUAGAAAAAUUAUUUCGUCGUUUCCUUUCGAGGAAGAUGAUCGUAAACUUCGAUACGGGUAUACUACGAGUUCGACACUACGUUAUAUCUUAAAUCUAUGGAAUUUAUGUAUCUUCACUCAUCGAAGUGGUUGUUCGAUGUUCGGCUCUGACCUAUAGCUCACUUUUGUGAUCGAUAAAAUUGAAAAAUCCGUGAAACAUCGAUGGAUAUAAACAACGAGAUAAUCAGGCGACAUGGCCACUGGUUCAGAACCGGUGAAGUUCACGAAUUUAACACAGAUUGGUCUUAAAAGUAAAAUCACAUUUUCUUAGACAACCCAUUUGCCUACAUUGACUCGCUGUUGUUUAAUUAACACGAUUUAUACGGCAGCUUUUCUCGAGCGAAACAAAGCGGGGAACACAGAAUUAAUCUUUUACGCUCGAUAAAUGUUAAUCAACGCUUAUUCAAAUAAAUUCUUGUCUCUUAACUAUUCGCUUACAUGGUAUUAGGCCAAUGGGUUAAUCAAAUAUUAAUCACGGUCGAAUUAAAUAGUCGAUUGGUCAAUGGAAUUUCCAAUUACGAAGAAAAAACCGACCAUUAAUUCGCGCGUGUUCGCUAAACGUGUAUAUAUAUAAACUCAUGUAAAAGUAAAAUCACAUAUCCUUAAAUAUAAGUACACGUAUGUCACGUUUGUAUACACACAAGCGGAUUUUUUUUCUUUUCAGUUUACUCGCAGCUCUAACAUUUCACUCGGAAGUGGGCAAACGAAGCACGAGUUCAUUUAUGGCGGAACUCCACUUAUGUAAAUAAAAUUAUAUCACUGAUCGUAGGAUAUACAGUUACAAGAGCUGUAAUAUUUUAAUCGUUGAAAGUCUAAAGAAAGAUUUAUUGUAUAAUUUUGGCAAAACCUUACUGCAGUAUCAAGGGAAAUGGAACUUCACCAUUCUUGCAAAAUUUUUCACUCGACAGAGUUCCUAUGUUCGAAUCACUUUGCAUAUAAUCUGUUCUUAGUUAUUUUCUUAUAAUUACGGAUGUCGGAGCAUAGGUUUGCCCACCUUUAUCACUUAACGUUAAGACCCACCGUAGAUGAUCAAAAUUCGUUAAAACAUAUGUUACUAUUUUGCGUACAAGUACUUUUUUGAACAGAUAAUUCUCGCAAGUCUCGAAGUACGUUUCGUAGAAGUUUGCAUGAAAUUGAUGAGCUACCUUUAAUGCUACUUAAGACCAAUGAGAUCUUU